ACAAUGUGAAUCAGCACACAAUCAACAUUUCACAAAAUGUAUCAAAAAUAUACAACUGGGUCUGUCAGUUGUGGUUAAAAAAAAUGUUUAUGUCAAAUGGUUUUAUAUACUUAGACUCAUCAAUAACAUGGGAGAGACCUUGCCACAAUGACGCAGUUCCCUAAAAAGUCCUUAUUAUAUAAUAUGCUGAUUCUUAGUUGAUUUAAUAAAAUAAUGCAAACAAAAAAAAACACUGCCAGAAGGAUACUACUUUGUGCUGUUUCUUUUACUACCUCGUUGUCCCACAUAUAGCUUACAGAAGGGAUUACACGGCCUGCUGUCCAUGGGACUCUGUCUGUUUAGCAGUCGCUGCAGCCCGUUAUAUGCCCCCCCCCACCCUUCCCAAGGCUGAGUCCUUGAUCCCUGAGCUAAUUCCAUGAAUCAUCCAAAUCUAAAUCCACCGACAGCGCAGGGGCACACGAAGUUAAGAGUUCACAUUGCUAGAAUGAGACCAAGGGAUCUCUUAAACACACAAGAUGGAGGGACUCGAACAACGGAGGAUAAUAAAUUGCAGAAAAAAGUUUGAGCUAUGCCGUUCAUACGCGGUCAUGAAAGUCGAGAGUCAGGUCGAACUUCAUCGGCAGUUUUCACCAUCUGCGUGCCCUUGGACUCGCACCAACCGCGCACCGUGCCAACUCAUCAGAGGGGACCGUCAAGCCGAGCUGACGUCACCCAUCAAGCCGGUGUAAUCGAAAAAGACGCUAAUCCAAAGCCCGAUAGUGGGUCGGGCCGGGGGGAGGGAGGAUGAUCAGACUGACACAAAGGAGGGAAGUUUGAAGGGAGCGCACGCGUGUUCGGUAAAGUUGGAUCGAAGCUGCACAAGUGAGGCAGGCGCUGUCCUUGCCGCCCCCACAACCCGACCCCACCCCACCACCCCCACUGCAUCCUCAUCUCCCGAGCAUCUCUGAGAGCGCGCAACGCCCGCAUCCAGGCCUCGUCCUGGACACCAAGAACCUCGCCGAGAGCUCCGCAGAGGGGGGACGCUGCGGGAGCUGCUCGCCUCCUCCCGGACCCCCCGUUAUGCAAACUGUGCCCACUGUGGGAGAGCCGGUCUUCACCACUGUGGAUCUGUGCCAUGAUGCAGGAGAAGACGACAGCUAUGUGACAGCAAAUGAAGGAGGGAUGGAGGAGCUAAGCGGUCAGGAUUCAAAUUCUGAAGAUCUGCAAAGGAAGGAAAAACGAUUACCUUUCCAGAUCUUCCCGGAUCCGGUCGAGGUAGUUCUCGGCUCUGAGACGUCUUUGAACAGCUUGGCUCAGAACCACCACAGGGAGCGUCUACCCUCCAUCGUUGUGGAGCCCACAGAGGUGAGCGAGGUCGAGAGCGGAGAACUUCGCUGGCCUCCAGAAAACAUCAACAUGGGCGAGGAUGAAGAGGACAUCUUCUUGGAGCAGUGCAUCCCCCCAGCCAACAUUGCUGACUGGGGAGAGGACGAAGAGGAGGAUGAGGAUGAGGAGGAGAGAACGUCAGUUUUUCUGAGCCAGCAGCAAGGCUUGACACUCAUUGACCUACAGUCAGAUGCAUUUCGAGAUGACACCCCCACACUUCCACCAAGCUGUCCUACGGCCCUCAACCGAAACCUCUGAGGACCCCGCGAGGAAACAAUAAUAAGUUGGUACUGACAACGAAAGAUCGUGUGUGUAGGCUAAAAGACUAAAUGGCAUUGCUGAAAAAGGAAAAUAUGCUCAAGUGCUGAUAAGUAGCCAGUGAAGCUUCCAGAGAAGCCAUAAAUGGGCACGUCUGUGCACUUGGCAACACUCUGAUGAAAAUAAUCACACAAACAAAAAUGGGAAAAUGCAAAUAUUGACAGAACAUUACCCUUUUUGUGUGUGUCUUUUUUCCACCAACUUUUAUUAGAGUAUUUGCUUUCGGUGCAACUUCCCCAAACUCCCACGUUGAAGGCCAGCGAGUCAUAGUGCUAUAAGAGGAUCCUGCUGCUGUUGCAUAUUAUUUUGUUCCUUUUACUGCGUUUCCCAAAGAUCCUGAAACUCAUUGUACUCGGUCAUCAAUCCUUUCUGGCACAAUGAUGACUUCUGUGGCUAUUUAGAAGACAAAUCUCUUUUAUUUCCCAUGUAAAAGUCUUAUCACAAAGUGUAUAUGCGGUCAAAGAUUGUAACGUUAAAAAAAUUUCAAGAAAUGUCAUUUCGGUUUGAAAAGGCAGCUUUUGUUUGUAGCUCAAUUGAGAUAAAAUUGAGAACUGCAGUUGUGCGUUGUUAUGGAAAUUCAUUUGAGUUUGUGACUAGGUUGACCUGUGUAUAUGAUGUACAUAUGAGCUGGGAUAGGCUCCAGAACUACAGUGAUCCUUGUGAGGAUAAGCGGCUCGGAUAAUGGAUGACGUCACUGUAUAAAUCAUUGAAAUAAAUCCGUCAAUUAAGUAUUUUGCCCCAGUAGCAAAAUCGAUAAUGGAUUUGUAUUGUACAGAUAUAUACAGCGUAUUCACAAAAAUUUAAUAAA